AUGGAGUCUUCCACAUCUAUGGUACUAGGGACAUCCGAUCCUCUUCUAAACAUUACUCCUCCUGUUAAUGUUGCCUUUUGCUCAAUCAGUGAAUUCAGUACUUGCUGGCUAGUGUCCGUGUGCAUACUUCUGACGUCAAUAUCUCUUGGAGGAAAUAUCGCCACCUUUGUCCACAUACUUUAUAGACGCUUGCAUAAAGAAGUAACAUACAUGUGUAUCCUGUUGGUGGCUUUGAGUGACUCUUUGUCUAGUGCUUUGGUGUAUAUUUCAAUGUUUAUGCUCUACCCAAAUCUGUUCAAAUUCUAUUUUAACAUUCCCCUUUGCGUUGUGUUUUUCUGGAUGACAUUCACUCCCUUCAUGUGGUCCAGUGGCAACCUUGUACUUUUGGCAUAUGAAAGAUACUUUCUUAUCAUUAAUCCUCUGCGUUACCAUAGCUCUCACACUAGCAAAAGGGCACUAAAAACUUCGCUCGUUAUAUUGUUUGUUAUGAGCCUGAUCACAAUUUCCUACGCGGUUGCUUUGUCUUUUAUCAAACAAUGUCCCAAUUUCCUCUUUGUCAUGUAUUAUUUUGCUUUCAUUGGUGUACCCAUCGUUUUAAUUAUCAUAGGUAUGUUGGUUUACUUACAUUGUUCUAAAUUGAUGAAAUUGAGGACGCUUCCAAACAUUUCCCUGAGAGUGAUUAAAAGGCGCCAAUUUUCAGAGAUGACCUUUAAAGUUUAUCUCAUUUGCAUUACAUAUGCUUUUGGUCAAAUGCCGUUUGUUAUUAACGAUAUAAUAGUUUUAUUAACAGAGUACAAAGUUUUAGUCUCUACUGAGAGGAUAACAAAUAUUCUUUACCAGAUAGGAACAGUCGCCUUGCUUACAAACUACGCCGUAAACCCUUUUGUAUACUUUCUUUCUUUCGAUAGGUUGAUUUCUUUCUGCAAGUUUAAGAACAAAUCGCUUUACAUAGCCAACAGCACCGAAAAUACAAAUACUACUUCCUUUUAA